UUACGAAAACACAAGCGCAUAAAUGUCUCUCCGCGAUAUUUUCUUGAGAAAUGACUUCUACAAAUGACGGAAAAGACGUGAAAAGUAAUCAAACAAGUGGUCAGAAAGGCAAGACAUAUUAUAUUGAACUUUACAAGUCACUCGAGGCGCGGUUAAGCGCCGAGUGCACAGGCGAGCAGCGCACGCGACUCGUCUGCGAGGCGUGGCGCCGCGUGCACAGCCUAUGUCAGCACUCGGCGCCCACCACGCACCCGCACCUGCUCGCCUGGCUUCAGCGGCACACCUCACACACUAUAUUACAGACUGAAUGGCAGUCACCCAAAAGCAAAGAUCAACAUGUCUGGCUGGAGGAGGCUAUCGACACAUUCAUCGCGGAGUGUCAUACGGCGAUCUCCGCGCGAGAUGGAGUCACUCCAUCUUGGGAAAGCCAACUACUACACAGAGCCCAGUGGUUUAGAAAAGUCUUGUCAAAUCCUUGGGGUCAUCCGGUCCUCAAGGCUCUACUAGAUUCUCGAGGAGUUCAGCCGACUGACGAAGAAGUUCUAGGAUGGCUGAAAGAGGAGAGGGGCGUGAUGUUCGUGACGCGGCUCCGGCAGCUGGCCGCGUCCAAGUGCGACGACCUGGCGCUGCUGCUGGCCACGGCCGUCAUGCUGCGCGCAAGGAACUCCACCGCCGUAGUGUCGGACGUCGACCAGGCUGCCGACCACAAAGAUCAAGCGGAAACAGCUCGAAGCGAGCCUACAUUCGUGGAUAUACUCCGUAAAGACGCCGGAUUCACGGUGGACGUAUGGGAACUACUUACCGAUAUUGAAUUUGUACUUUUGCACAAGGGAGAGUCACGUUCGCGGUGCAUUGAAUUGGCUAAACAAACUCCACUACGCAAUGGCUAUCAGCUGGUGGAACGUUUACACAGCCGGCUCGAGAUGUCGCCGCGAGACAAGAAAAUGUGGAAAAAUGCUAAAGAAGUUGCUACACUUAUUGCGCAGGUGGUGAUCGCCCGCUGCAUGGUGGUCCCGACGUGCAGCGGCGCGGCGCGCGUGGCGCUGUACGGCUGCGCGCGCUCGCUGGUGCGCCUGCUGCCCGCCGACAAGCUGCCCACGGCGGCCGCGGCUCUGGCGGCCCCCGCCGCCACCGCCCGCCAUCUGCACACGCUGGCCUCUGCCAUACAUGCGCAAUGCAAAGAUGAGCGGAAAUCAUUUGUGUGUGAAUUGUACGUUCGCGCCAUCACUGCUGGUAUGAAUGAAUUGGAGAGACUCAAACUUAAGACUGAGAAGGAAGCAGAGGCACGUUUAACUGAAGAGACUUUAUCAACAUGGUUCACACAGCUUGGAUCAUUAUUAUCAGCAAGUUCUCGAUUGAGCAGCGAAUGCGUCCUUACAGCAUUCUCGGUUCAUCCUUCAUCAUUUAUGUAUGAUCGGGUCAAAGCAGCACCACUGCUUGCACCAAUACUCAAGGAUAUACACGAGCCAAGAUCUGACACUAACUCUGAGUUUGGAAGCUGGGCGACAGACAGUAGGACUCAGACGAAUUUGGUUAAGACAUCUGAAACAAUCAACUUAAAACAGACUCAAAGACAAGCAAAUGUGUUGUCAACUGCAAUAUUUGCUGAGGGCGAAGCGCUAGGUCUUGGCGCGGAGCUUUGCCAAGAUCUUGCCGUUUUAAUUUCCGGACCAAGGGUUAAAACUUUAUCUUGGGAUAUGGACAGGGAAACACUACUCGAGAAUUGUCGGACAUAUAUGGAGCGCACGCACGGAGGCACGCGUGCUCUAACAACCGAACUUAAAUACCUCAAUCUAGACCCACGAUCUUUCCAACAUUUGCCAGAAGAAAUCGAUGACGAGAACGACGCCUUCUACGGUAUUGAAAAAGGUUAUGAGCACUUGGUAGAAUUGCAAGAACCAGAAGAGAUAUGGCAGGAUGCUCUGUCAGAUAAUCCUACCCUAUCAGACAGUGCUCAUAGUAUAGAAGAGUUACCCAUAGUAAUACCUAGACGAAAGAAGAAAAGUAGACGACUGAAAUAUUUAACAGAUGAUGAAAUUGAUCCACUUAGUCUAGUUGGAGAUACUAACACAACUGUGAAGGAAAGACCUCAUAGCAAAGAAAGAAGUAAGGAGAAAAAAGAGAGAAUAGAUAAAAUUAAAAUAAAAAAAGAAUCAUCUAAGGAUUUUGAUCAAAGUACUGAAAUAGUUCAAAAAGUCGGAGAAAAACCAAAGGACAUACGAAAGAAAGAAAAGAAGAAAGAGAGAAAAGAACGUAAAAAGAAAGAAAAAGUAGGCAUAUUAGAAUUUGACACGAAACAACAGAAACCACCAAGUGGUUCUUUAUCAAGACUUGUUGGUAUGAAAGUGGCCAGGAUACCAGAAGUAAAUGGACAAUUGAAAAUCGAAAAGAGUGAUUUGGACAGUAAUAUUAACAAUAACCUAUGCAUUACUGACAGUGACUACGAUAGCCAAGGAAAGUCGUCAAUUACAUCAAUCAAUUCCGAGGGCAAUGACCCUGAUGUAUUGUUUGACGGGCUUUUUUCUAUGGAUGAAAUUAAAUCACCUGAAAAGUCAACAGAUUGCAUUCAGCGUUCAAAUACGUUUAAAACAGAAGAAUUAAGAGUGUCAAAUGGUAUUAUUAUUAAUAAUACUCUUGCUGUUCCUAAAAUACGCCAUGCAACAAAUCAACAGCAACGAAUAAAUUUUCCAUCAAUAAAGUCUGAUUCUACAAGUUCUGGUCAAAGUUCAAAUAAUGAUGUUAGAGAAGAAGUUAAGAAGAGUAUUAAAAAACUUAUAGAAUUUAGGCGCCACAAAAGUAUAAAUGAUGGAAGUAUGACUCUCGAGGAGCCUUAUCCCCAUCAAACAUUAACGCCGAACUUACCUACCUCUGAUAAAUUGACUAGUUCAAAUUCUCCGAAAGUUUAUUUUAAUCGCGACGAAAUAGAGCAGUUUAACGCCCUGAAAGAUGAAGUGAACAUAAUCUUAAAGAAUUGCAGUAAUAGAGGAAACAUAGUUCAGGAGUCAACAUUUCUUAAUGACCUUAACAAGAAAAAUGAUAAAAUAAACAGUAAUCUUUGUGAUAAAACACAUGACAUAGUUAUAAAUAGAGCUUCUGCACAAGCAUGCAGCGCAUCAGUGAAAAGUUACCACCAACCAGUGAUUAAAGCAAACAGUAAUCAUUCUGAUUUGCAGUUAGAAAAAACGGUGAAAAACGAUGUGCUAAAGAAUAAUGAAACUCCUAGUCAAAUUCAGUACAAAGAGUUUCUAAAGCAAAGAAGUUGUGGCGUCAUCAAGACACAUCCUCUCGUAAAAAACGUUACUGACGUUUCAAGCCAAAAACCAAUGACGAAUUUAGUAAAAAAACAGUCUUCUAAACAGAUAUGUAAGCCAAGACAAAAGCAAAGUAACACAAAUGUAUCUAGCAUUGAAAGUAUUCAAAGAGAUUUUCCAAAACAACCCAAAAUUGAUGUCUCUGAAACAUUAAUCAGUAAUAAAGAUGACGGAAAUAUUCCAUUGCAAUCAUCGAUUAGUUGUCAAAGUAUGACUAGUGCUAAUUUAUCUACCCAGAAUCAAUUUCAAAGUUUUCUAAAAGAAUUGCAGGAAACUAUAAAUGCUGGAGCUUCAAAAGAAAAACCCGAUGUAAAGUUAUUAUCUGAUAAAACUAAUUGUCCUAAGCAAAAGAAAGUCGACAAUGCACCAAAUACUUUUUCGCGCCUGAGCUAUUUACAUAAAAAUAAACACAAUGAUAAUAAACAUAAAAUUUUAUAUGAUCAAACUAAAACUCUUAAAAAUAAAACUUCAGAAGAGAAGCAAAAUCUGAAUAUGAAUUUUGACAAAGUAAGUCAUUUACAAACUAGAGGUGACAUAGUUGUAUCCAGGGUGGAUAAAACAAAAAGUAAUUCAAGCGAAAAUACUAAGGUGGUUGUUCAAAACGUACAAAAUUACAAGUGUUCACCAUUAACAAAAACCACUCCUUUAUGCCUUAAUAGGCAAUAUCCAAUAAUAUCAAAUAUGUUAAUGUCAGAAAAUCGUUCUUAUGAUUCAAAUAUAUCAAAUGAAGCUGAUAACAAAAGUUUGGAACAAAAAAAUAUUGUCACCCCAGCAGCUUCUUUAAAAGGUCACCUUACAGAAAAUGAUCAGAAUGAUUUAAUAUUAUUAUUGAGACAGCAAUCUAAAAUGCAUCCGCUUAAAUUGCAUCAUAAGUCUGAUGAAGUUCAAAAUAAUCCUAGUAACUGUACUGUAACAAUUAAUAUGAACAAACAAUCGAGUGUUAAGUCUAUUAACAAAGAUAUUCAACCUAAAGAUCCUCAGAAUUUGAACAGGAAUGUUCCAAUUUUAGAUAAACCCAUCUCUACAAGUAAUUCAUCUUCAACAGUAAAAGUUUCUAAUAAUAAAUCGAAUGCGGUAUCUGAACUUAAAAAGGUUCGCACCGUAAAGGGUUCCGGCAAAGGGGCAACUUCAAAACAAACAGUUAAGAGCAAUGAUAAUCAAACAUCUGAUUGGGAAAGUGUUAUGAAUGCUCUUCUAGCUCAAAAGACACCAAGUAGAGGGCCAAAUGCUCUAGAUAUUGUACUUAAAAAAGAUUCGUUCGAAAAAAGAUCUCUACAAAAUGCAGAAUGUCAUACUAUUAAAGCAGCUUGUUCUAGAAGUAAUAGCUCAAGAAAGGUCGGUGAAUAUGCCAACACAAAACAGUGUUCAAUGAAGACAAAAUCGACAUUGGCCAGCAGUGGGAAAACAGUACAAUUAGAUAUGACGCCAUCACCAUAUUUAAAACAAAAACAGGAUAAAAAAUUAGGAGGUCAAGAUAAUAACAUAGUUUUGGGAAGAAACAGUCCAUUAGACUUUAAAGAAAAACAUUUGCCUGAUGUCAUUCAAAAUGCUAAUGAUCCAUUUAUAUCAGGUAUACCAAAUUCAGAUUAUGAUUUAUUAGAAGAAUUAAUGGAUGAUGACUUGCGCAAGGAGAUUGGAGAACUAAUGUCAGAUGAGGAACCAUAUAGUGCAUUAACACAAGGUCCUAAAACAAAAACUGUACCUAACACCAAAACAUCUCAUGCAUUUGUAAAUAAAUAUCCGAAUCAAAGCGUUGAUACGACAGUAAUCCGUAAGUCACAAAGGGUUGAUUCUUGCCAAAAUUUGGACCUUGUACACAAUAAAAAUGUAUUUUUUUCAACUAAACCCAUGAAAGACUUGCAAUCGAAAUGUAAUAAUCAAGUUAAUCCUGUCAGUCAAACGAAAUUAAAUACUAGUACAGCAAUCACAGAUACUCUUAACAAGAAGCUACGCAUUAUUUCUAACGAAUUAAUUACACCAACGAUGGUUAAACAAACACCCAAUUCAAAAAUCUGCGACAAUAUUCAUCCCGUUAAAACAAUUUUUACAUCUGAGAAAAAUAAUUUAAAGAUAUCAAAUGUAUGUAAUAAAAAUGUAGGAAACAACAUACCAGCAACAAGUACUUGCAAUAAAUCUAAAGUUGAAGAAGUACCCAUCACAGACAUACAAAAAAAUAUAACUGAUAAAGCAAAUAUUCAAAAUCAAGCUUUGGACCCUACAAGAGUUAUUUUAACAGUACCUCAGAGAAGUGCGACACCGAAUAUGAUGAUGAUCGGUAGCGAUUUAAUUUACAAUCCCUAUUCCACGGGGCAAAUAGAACAGUCAAACAAAAGUUCUGCAAACUUUAAUAGAAACGCUUAUGUUGCUGUAAAUAAGGCACCAAAUUUUACUCUGUUUACAACUCAGUUUGUUGCUCCUUGUGUGAAUCCAGUUAUUAUUGAUCGUUCUAUAACUUUACCAGUAAUACGUAGGGUUUCACCAAAUAUGUUAAUGAAUUUAAAUUCCAAUAUAUCUUUAAAUUUAAAUAGUUCUGAAAAUAAUACUACAAUAAAACCUGACCAGGAAAAUAAUUUAAAGACUGAAGACCCAAAAUCUAAUUGUAAAAACAAAAUUGAAAAUAACAUUAAAGUUGCGAAAAUAUGUCAUAAAACACGCGAAGAUAACAAAAGCCCCGUCAUUGUUCAAGAUCCACAAGGCCGUUUAGUCUGUAACAUAUCAACAUCGAAAACCGAAUUGCCAAAUAAUAAGUUUAUAGCAGAUACGCUUACGAACAGCCAUGAUGAAAAAUUGGAUAUAAAAGAGUUGACGCUACCAUUGCAGCAAAGUACAACUCUUGAUAUAAAUCACGGUGAUAUAGAAUCAAUAAAACCAUAUAAACUUUCAAAAAGAGUUGAAAUGAAAAUAGAAUCCAAAUCACAAGACAAUAAAUCUCUAUUAAGUUUAGAAAUCGGGCCUGAAAUUAAAAAUCCAAUAAAAAAACAAACAGACGAAGAUAACAAAAGUGAAAAAGAGGAAGCGACAUAUCGAGAAAGAAUACAACUUAAACGAAUGGUUAUAUUAAAUAGACAACUUUAUCAUCGUUGUCAAGAUAAACCAAUAGCUCUUUCUUAUAAAUCAAUUACACCAACCAAAGAAGUUAUCCAAUUUAAUGAAAAUUUACAUAAUACUCAUAUAAAAAAUGAUGACAAUACAACUUUCAAGGAGGAACAAAAUAUUGCUUUGCCAAAACAAAAUAUAAAUCAAGAUGAAUAUGAAAAUUCAUGCCAAAAACUUUCAAUAAAUGACAAUAACGAGAGCAAAAAUACUUUAGUCUCCCCAAGUCGUCGUAUUUUGUUGCGAUCAUCAAAUGUUUUAAAAGAUACGACCAUAUUGUCACCUACUGAAGUUCGGAUUGGAGAUAAAAAACAAAGAAGAAAGCUAAAAUGUCCAACUUUAAUAAAAAAGCGAAACACAUUUAUUAAACCCAUUAUAAAUAAAAAUAAAACCGAUAAAUCCUGCAAAUCUACAAAAUUGACAUUAGUUGAAAAACAAAUAAAAAGUAAAGAAAACGUUCAGAAAAAUAAUAUGGCACCGUUUGAGACUAAUAUGAAUACAAAUGAAUGUUAUAUUGAGAACCAAAAUGAAAGUAGUACUGACAAAUCCAUUUACACUUAUGUCGAUAUCGAGGAAAAAAUAACAUCAGCUAUAAUACCGAAUAUCCUUAGCAAAAGCAUAAUGCAUAAUAAGCGCACAGAAGAUUUAAAACAAACUGAAAAUAUACAAAAUAAUUCAUUAAUACAAAACACAAUAGAAAAGUUUCCUUCGAGUUUUGGGCGGAAUGAUACUCUUGAUAGACCUAAUAAAGAAGACAAUGUUCCAAAUUUAAAAGAACAUGUACAAAAUAACACGAAAUUGGCAAAUCCUCUUGAAAAUGAGGAAGUAAGAAACUGUGAUGCGAGUAACCUUAAUAUAAAUGAUGGUGUAUGUAAUAUUAAUGACUUAAAGACCAAACCCUGUUCUGGUGAUUCAGGUCAAAAUUCAGAAAUACUAUCAUCCGUUAUUGACGAAAAUAUAAACAACGUAAAAACUAAUAAUACACAACAGGAUAUUUUUAGCAAUGCCAAUCUAGAUGUUCAAAAACCGAUCUCUAGUGAAAAUUGUACAGGAACUCAGUCAGAAAUAUCGAGUAAAGAACUAAGUACAACAAUCCAUGAAAAUGUAUUGGAAUAUAAAGACAAAGUAAUUUUUGAAGAAAUACCAAGCUAUAAUAACGACCCCUUAAAAAAAUGCGUUCGAAUAAAACUUCCAAAUGGUAACACUUUUAAGGCAACCAUAUCGGGUAAGCUAAGCGUUAACGUAGAUUCAAUAUUUGAAGAUCCAAAGAUCAAGGCAUUGCUAUGGCAAAAUAUAAAUAAUAAUACAAAAUGCACAUUAAAUAUUAAACAAGUUGCGAUUAAAACUCCACAUACAUCUCACACAAUAAAAACUAAAGUGCAUGAUAUAUCAUAUAUGAAAAAACCUAUUGUCAAUACAGAGACAAUUAAUUUAAUAAGUGACGACGAAGAUAUUACUCAAACUUUUAAAACAGAAUUUGGAAAAUUUGAUGUUGCAUUUAUGAAUAAGGAAAUGUUUAAUAAACAUCAAAGUAGGUUAUCCCAAAAAUGUGUAGUGGAAAUCGAAAGACUUCCUUCUGUUAUAAAUGCUAUAAACGAGUCUACAAGUGAAUUGAAAUCAAAAGUUUUGGAAGGUACUGAUAGAUCAACUCAAAAAGAAACAACAACAUCUACUACAUGUUCAAAAGAAAAGAUAUCGGACUUCAUUGAAAUAGAUGAUUCUUCAAACGAGAGCGGGGCUAAUAAUAUUGUUCCCAGUACAGAUCUUAAUAGCACGAAGCUAAACGAAGACAUUGGUGAUUUAAAAACAAUGUUACUCCAAGAUUUUGGUGUAGAUGGUCAAGAUAAUUUUUUAAAUAAUAGCUGUGAAAAAGCAUUAUCUAUGGAAAAAUCAGCAAACAAAAUUAGCACAGUUUCUGACAGUGAAGAAAUUAAAUCAAAACAAUGUCUCCUAAGAAUAGAAAAAUGUGAUGAACUUAUAGAAAAAAUGAAAAUUCAAAAAAAAAUGUGUUUUGUUAGUUUAGUUAGAUGCGAUGACACUUUAAAAAACCUCGCAAAAAAAUUAGAUAUAUACUCCAAUAAAAACGUCGAGGAAAAAUCAGAAAUGUCCCAUUAUUCAUCAUAUGAAAAGUCGAUUAUUUUAGAUGAACAUUCAAAUAAAUAUACAACUUUGAAACGUAGUGGAUCAUUAUCAAUAUUAAGCGACUUUAUGGUAUCAAAUGAAAGCAAAAUACAAAAAUCACAAUUAGUCGAAAACAAUAACGUGUUAAUGAUCCCUUCAUCCUCCGAACAACGAUCAAGCAUGAGUAAGUGUAAUGCAGAUUGGUUAAUGACCAAACAUGAUUUACAGUGUUAUAUCAGCAAAAACUCGGGAACUAAAAAUGAGAACUUAAAAUACGAUGAUUCUUCAACAGAUUGUGACAGUGAUAUUGAGAACUCUGUAUCACUAAAUAUACCGUUUGUCAAAGAAACUAACACUUGUAGCUCAAAUAAUAUAAAGUAUGAAGUGCCAACACUUGUUAAAUUAACUGUCAAUUAUUUUGUCAAUAACAGCAAUGUCAUUGAAAAUCUCAAGCCAUAUGUAUGCUUUUUACCUGUGGGUGAAAAACCCUCAAAUUCAUCCCCUUUAAAAAGAAAAUCAACUGGUAUGGCAGAAAAAGUAAAUCGCCACAAAGUAUCAAAAAUAGAAAAUAUUUCCCCUAAUCUAAUUUCCGAUGAGACUAAUAAAAAAGGUUUACCAAAAUCUGGUAGUAAUAUUCAAACUAUUUUAUUGUGUAAUAAUCUAAAAACUACUGAAACGUUGGUGUACGAUAAAGCAUUAAUAAAAGAGUCUGCUGAAUGUAAUAAUUAUGUAAAAUCGAAAGAACCCGAACAGAUUUAUCAUUGUGAAUUCGAGAAUGUUAAAAAACUAAAUGGUGAUAACACAAUGGAUGAUAACAAGCCUAUCAGUAAAUACGAAGAUUCUAUUAGAAUUAAAAAAAAUGUUAAUAAAUUAAAGAAGGCGAAUGAAAAUAUUUCUAUAAAAAAGGAUGAAGAAUUCAACAAUCAAGUAUACCUUGAUAACGAAAACAUAAAUCGUCAUGAAAAAUAUCUUCCAAAUGUUCCAAGUAAUAGUAGUUCAAGUAUAUUGAAUGAAAAUAACGUUAAGAAUUUUUUUCAUGAUCAACAAAACGUAACUGAAAUGGAAACGAAUAAACAAUCAUCAAUUUUGAUAAAUGCCAAUUCUGAUAAUGAAAAGAAGAAUUCUGAAACAAUAAAUGAAUUUUUAAAUACAGAUUUUCUGAGUUCUGAUGAUAAAAUUGAAGUUAUAAUACCGUUAGAAGAAAUUGACGAUGAAAAUAUUCAGACAUUACUCUUAAACACAGCAGGUUCUGGGGAUAGCUGCUUAAGUGCAGAUAUGCUUCUUGAGAGAACAAAAAGCAAUUUAAAUAAAUUUGAAGAACAAGGUAAACAAGAGGUUGUUCUCAAUAUUAACCAUAAUAUGAAAGAUCAAAUAGGUAACACUAAAGAACCUAAACCAAAUUGUAUUGACACAUAUGAUUCAGAAUGCUUACUUAAAAAUGAUAUUAAGGAUUUAUGCCACAUAGAAAAUUUACAUAAACAAAGUCGAAAAGAUUAUCUACAAAGUCGGAUUAAGGAAACUACAACUGAAAAAUGUGAAAAUACGGAUCUAGAACAUAAAAACAUUAAUAUUGAAGAAGUCCAAAGUAUUAUGGAUUCUGAUAACACGUCACACAAUAAAAUUUCAAGUAUAAAUGACUGUAAUCCAAAUGAGUUAGAUACUAAAUGUUCUUCAAAUGAUAAUACUUUGCAAAAAAAUGUAACACUUGUAUAUAAAGGCGAUUCUAGCGUUGUAUUAAAAGGUUCUAUUUAUGAGGAUCCAGUAGUUGGUACAUGUUAUGUGUUUCCUAUAUUGAAUAGAGCUUCUUAUUCAGAUGAGACGGGCUACAGUAACAUUUGCGACGAAAAAACUAUUAAUGUCAUAAAAGCUCUCAAAAACAAAGUUUUUGAAGAUCAAAGUGAAAGCGACGAAAAGGAAAAUUCUAAUAAUUUGAAUGUUGUUAUACCCAAAGUAACUUACUCAAGACAAAAGGUUAAAGAAGUUGAAGCCGCUGAAAAAUUAAGUAAAAAAUAUUUAAAACGUAAAAGUGAUACAUGUGACAUUAAGUUGAAUGAAAAAAGAUACAGAAAAAGCAAAAAUAUCGACUACCCAAAAAUAACUGUAACUGCAAUGACAGAAUCUGCCUAUAGUAAAGAGUAUAAACGUCUCUUUAAUUAUUGUAGCUCCAUAAAAUUCUCAUUCUCGCAGCCAUUUCAUAAAGAAUAUAUAGAUGUAUCCAGUGUAUUAAAAUGUUGGCCUAUUAAAGGAGCUGCUAUUAAUACUUUUGACAAAACUGAUAAUGAGAAUAUUCUAUUCUCAGAUGAAAAAACAGACGGUAAGGAACCCUAUGAUCCCUUACGACAAACAUUAGCUGAGGAAAUAUCAUCAAAAUUUGUCGAACAUCAGUCCUCUUGCGAUCAAAUUAGAGAAAAAAAUUUUAGUAUGGGUUUUGGUGAGGGGUCCGGCAGAGUCAAAAAAAUUUUAGAAGAUGGAGAUAAUAAUUCAAAAUUUUCGGCUGCGACUCUGUCGGACGUAAAACAAUCUCAGCCGUUUUUGUUGUCCGAGGAUUAUGAGGACUAUAGUAAAUGUGAAGACGUAUGUAAGCCUAAUAAAGAACAAUUUGAAACUGUUAAACGUUACGUUUCAUAUUUGCAAUUGCGAGAUAAAGUACGAGCAUUUUUUAAAAAAACAACCUUUGAAUUGAAUUAUGAUUGGCAUUACGACAAAUUUAAAAAUAAGAAAAACAUUUAUAGUAAUAAGGUAUUCCCAUAUGACCUGAUUAGCCCGGAUUUUAUUGAACCAGCUCCGAUAGAAACUGUGGUACAAGUAGUACAGGUGGGCCAAUUACCUGUUAGUGGAGCUGCCCAAAAUCCCGUAACGUGCGAUCCGCGAGUUACUCAAGUAACAGAUGCUAGUCCUUCUCAGUGUUUAGUUGAAAACAGCCCUCACGAUGAUUCACAACCUACUAUCAAAACCGAAUAUACCGAAUUAACCACUGCGGAUCUGAGUUUACCACUAGCGCAAGAAUACGAACGACAUAUUAAAUCACAAGAAUCUUCAAAAGUGCCAAUUUGUAAUGAAAAUAUACCAGUACAAAUGGAAAUAAGCGAAGUAAAGGUUGAAGAAAUGCCUAUUAAAGACGAACCAAUUGAUUACAAUGAUGAUGAUGAUGAUGAUGAUUUAAAUUUAUUAGUUAACAAACCCAUAAAUAAUGUUGACUUUUCAUAUAAUUCUAAUGAGAGCACUUCGCCUAUAGAACCGCGAUCAAAUAUGAUAUUUGAAUCAACACAGAAACAAAAUUCUGAAUUCAUUGAUCACCAAAAGCAACAAAACGGUUCCGCUGAAAAAUCUGAUCAAAUUGCUCACGCUAUGAAUGCUGCUGGUAUAACAACUACACCAGAAUUCACUACUAACUUAGUCAAUAUUCCAAAUCCAAUAUCUCCAAAAAUGGAAGCCACGAGCCCCGUUCCAGAAUCACCUAAUUACUCAAAUUCUUCCAUUAAUGCAAUGGCACUCCAACAAGCGUUCGCACAAAUAUUACCUCCUCCAUUGAAUCAAACUAAUUCUCAAGAUAAUAUUCAGGUGGCUCCUAAUUCUGCUGCUACUUCGCAAGUAUUACACAUAGUGCAAAAUAAAAAUACUAAUGGAAACCAAAUUACUUUAGUUGAUAAUGCACAAAAUUCAGUUAUAAAUAACUCUAAUACAUCUGUGUUACAUAUUGUUCAAAAUAAAGGAGUAAAUAAUAAUACAACAUCGAAUGCAAACAACGGACAACAUUCAACAUCGUAUGGUGGAUUGUCAUUAGUAGACUCAGGUAUUCAACAAGGCAAUAAUCAGCUUCUUCACAUUGUAAAUACCGGGAACCAAAAGAAUCCUGGUACAGGCCAAUUAUUAAAAAGAGUUAAUCUCUUAACUAACUUAACAAAUAUGCAAGGAUCUAACGAACAAAAAAUGGUGCAAUUUUUAUGUAAAGCUGCAGACGGCAAAUCUAUUCAUUUAAAUAAUCCACACCAAAGAAGCAUGGUAUUAAGACUACAACCGAUUGAUUCCUCAAAUAUUCAAGUCAAUAAUAAAACAGAAGACUCAAGUCAGUCGUCUAAUAAGAACAUUUCAACAUCUAAUAAAGAAACCGUUAGUGCCCAACAUGAAAUAAAGUCUCGCUCUGUGUAUGAGGAAAAUUAUGCUAAGUUUAUUCAGAAUUCUUCCAACAAAUCUAUUCCUGAAAAAUCAACCAGUUUGCCCAAAUUCAAUCAAGCGUUUGGUAAACAAGUUUAUCAAGACAGUAAUCAAAAGUCAAAUGACAUAAACUCAAACACGUCACAUUUAUCAUCUGUAGACAUAAAUGCGGAAAGUUCAGAUUGUCAAUCUUCUGAUAAUACUUUGAAUUUAGAUCAUAUAGGACAAAUUAACAGCCCACCGCUAUUAUUGAGGAAGUCUUCUUCGCAGACGACUUCAAUUCAACCUAAUUUAAUGCAACAGAUAAAACAAACCAUUUCUCCUAUGAAUAUCCAAACCAUGCAUGGUGGUGUAAUUUACACUCGACAAAUACCCGUUAAUAUAGGUGGUGGGCAAACUAUUAAUUUAAUAACAGUUCCUAGUACCGAACUUGCCGAUGAAACUAAUCAAAAACAACACAAUGAUGUUAAGUUUAUUAAUCAAAAUGAAAUGGAAUCACCAAUUAUCAAAUUAGUACCACAAGCAUCUAGUUCAGACGUUACUUCUGAUGAAAGCAUUAAUAAUAAUUCGUCAAACGAAAAUUCUCAAAAUACGCCGGUUCAGCAUCAGCCGGUUUUAACGCAAAUGCGCAUUAAAUUGCCAAUGCUAAGUAAAGCUCCUCAAAUGAUGUCCGGUACAAGAUUAGUACGUCCGUCUUUCUUUCAAAUUCAGCGGAAUGUCAUCGGUGGCGCUAAUCAACCUGUUUAUCAACAGUUAGUAUUGACGGCAGCUCCACCUCUUGGACAACAUACUAUUCGUUUGCCACAAGCUCAAACAACUAGACAUGUAAAAGUUACAUCUGAAAGUCAAUCUUCGCCGGAGUCGCAAAUGAGUACAUCGACCCUUGAACAAUUACGAGAAUUUGAUAUGGUAUUAGAACAAGUUAAAGAAAGGAGUACUGUUCAACCAAAUAACCAAAGUAAUUACACUAAAUUGCAUACGCCAUCGUCUGAUACAGCUGAGAGCACUUCAAUAACUUCGACUGUUACAGAAUCAACGCAACAAGUUUUGUAUUCUAUUGGGUCUAAUCAAUCAGUAAAUGUGGCGUACGUAAGUAGGAAACCUAAUGUAACAACACCCACACAAUCAGCAUUUGAACGAUCACCAGAUUCAUCAGGUAUCAUUGACUCUCCCUCUUCUUCAACAUCACACGUACAAAUUCCUCACACUGUUACCAGUGAAUCAACUUCAAGUGAAGGAAGUAGUACUCAACCUAUUCAACAAAAAGCAGCGAAAGUAGGUUCGAAAUCUAAGUCAAGACCCAAAUCAUCACAUCCACCAAAUUCCUUAAAGAUAAAUACUGUACCUCCAAAAACGUCUACACAAAAGCCUCUAGAGGAUGAACAGACUACGCAACGUAUAUUGUAUAUAUUAGCAGAAUAUAAAGAACAAGUUGAGAAUUCUCCCGAUAAAGAUAAACCAGCACCACGUAGAAGAAAUAAUCCGCCAUCAAACCCUUCUGGAUCAUCAAAGCGUAAAAAGAGCUCCAGUAGCUCGCGGCGUCCUGGUGCCCGCGACAUUAGUCCAGUUAAUGGCGAUGAGACAUGUCGUACUAUGGGUUCAGAGGACAGUAGUUGUGGUACUUCACAAGGUGACUGCACCGAGAGUUGUCUUGAGAGUCAUUCUCCUCAAGACAGUCCACGUAAAGUCGUAAGAAAACUAAGUUUUGAAAAUGAAACUCCUCGAGCCAGACCGCAACCACAACGCAAUGUAAUAGUCGCAGACGGCCAAACAAUAACAGUCGCGAGAGGAACAGCUGGAAAGCCUACUACAGCAGUGUUAAUGCCCGCCAAUUAUAUCUUGCCAGUUUCAAUGGUUAAGGGUGGUCAGCAAAUUGCUAUAGUGACUAAUCGCGGUCCAAAACUAUUAACAGUUGGAGGAGGCGAGGGUGGCACUACUAAUGCACUUUUAUUACAACGUCUCAUUGGGCCAGCUGGCUUGAAGCCUGUACUAACACGCCCUGGAGUUCGUCACGUUCGCUUACCAACAGCCGCUCUUCACAAUCUACAAGCUUUUAAUCUGGCUACGGCGGCAACAGUUCCACCACCAGAUAGCACAGCUUCGCCAGCUCCAGAAGCUACGCCACCUGAACUAAUAGAGACAAGAACUAAUAGCUCACCAUGGGCUGAUCGUGAGUCGCAAGAAAUAAAACCUGAACGAGAAUCUAGUCCAGAGGGUUCGGAGCCGUGGAACUUGUCAUCUUCGGGCGACCCUCAUGAUUAUUCAUACGAAGAAACCGUGAGAACAGACAAUAUGGGCAGGACUGUGCUUGACGCGAUCCCAGAUCGAUACAGUCCCGAAAUGGAGGCGCAAAGGAUAUUUGAUAAGAUGUUCGACGUUGACUCGAAAAAAUCGUACAUCGUAGAUUCUCAAGACGAUUCGUCCCGUUGCGCAUAUGAUAUUGACGCGUCAGAUAGCGACGAUAAGGCCUACCACCAGGUGGUUCAGAGAAAAGAUGGUGGAACACAUCGCCAGCAUCGGCUGACUCAUGUCUCUGCAGCGGCGUUAAGACAUAAAUAUGCUAUUCUGGAACAUGAACUCCGAUUACAGGGUACAGCCUUUUUACAGAAAUCAUUAUCCGAAGAGUGCGAAGACCUCGGCGUGGACUCGCCAUCUGCAGCUGAACUCUUUCCGGAAGCAGAGUUGUUUUCAGGUUCGCCUGCGCACGAAGCUCAACAACACUCACACACGCCCCAACCAACAAUUCUCAAUCAAAGUGGCAUAUCUCAACCGGAUUUAGAAGAUCAAAUAGCCAGCGAUCGGCUUCUACGACAAGAUGGAACAAACGACCAGCACGAUCUCGGCGUCACACUUGGGCUGGAUGAAGGCAUUGUCACCGUUAGCGAAGACGGGAUGCAAGCCACAAUUACAUUAGAUCAGGAAGAAUUUGCUAGAUCUCAUCCAAAUACCACUUUCCAUAGCGAGCCUACAGACGAAGGAGAGGUCCAACCGUUUACAAUAACCGGUCUUAAGGGACGGCACAUAACAUCGACCAUAUUCCAUGCCGGUAGAGCACCAGCGACCGUACUGGUAACGGCACCGCAGACCACGGUCAUAUCGCAAGCGACGCCCGAUCACGUGAUACAUAAUAAUGUAAAAUUCGCGAAUAUCAAUCAAAUAAUUAAUUCAUCACCAACGGCAACGCAUAGAAACCUCAACCUUGCCUCGGUGCUGGUUAAAGACGAGCGCCUCACAAAGUUCGACAGUAUACUUACAGAUUCCAGAGAACUCCAUCUCUCUAAUACAGCUUCAGCAAUCGUGCAUUCCACUGGUAACGCGACUCAAGUGAUCAGACGAGUAUGUUACGACGACGACAAAAGGGACACGAGAUAUUUAAUGGACGAGCCAGAACCUCUAAUUGCCGGUGAUGAUGCAAAAAUGAUAGCAGAAGACAGCUCACGUGAUGCAACUCUCGAAUCGAUAGCAGGUGAUGACGAUAAUUCUCUCCCCGAGCGACACGCUGAAUUGUUCUGGGAGUCGAACUCCGCAUCCGAACGCUCGGACGGCAGGCGACCUUUAGACUUCAGCAGCGAUAGCGAAAAGUGUUGCAAAAGUCCAUCCUUCGACGAGACUAAUUCUACUGAUUCUAGCGGUGUCGGGACUCACGUGCGACUAGACUCCGUAAUAAAAGACACUCGAGGUCUGGAAAGGAGCACAAGUGGGGAUGGUUCAUCUGCGGAUGAUAUUCAUCCCCCAUUACGUACUUAUCCCGCCAAGCGGAUGUACCAUGCGAUUGACGGAGAAAUGGAAAGGAGCAUGUCCGGGAAAACAAGGGCUGGAUUUCCAGAAGAGAGGUCGGAAAGCCUCGAAGUAAGACGGCGAGCAUCGGGGCGGGGAGUGGUGAAGCGGGGCUGCCACUGCUGCAACGGCUCCCCGGCACCUCCUAGACCAAAAAAACCUAGACAGAGAAAACCUACCAUGGACUUUACUUCCAAUUAAAGACGUAUAGUGAUUAAUUGACUUACUAGGCUAGGCGGGGAUCACGUCCUUGAAAGUUUCCGCGCCAGACUGAAUGCGAUUUCUUUGACGAGGAUUCACUUAAGUGUAUAAUAAUGAUAAGUUGUUGAAAUUGUUUUGUAAAUAACAAUAAACAGAUAGCUUUCGUUCAGAUACUACGAGUACUUUUUUGUUAAAAUUAUUAUAAGUUUAGAAGAUUCCUUUAAGAUGUUAUAAUUUUCUAGGUAUAAAAACUGACACCGAUUAGUUCAAACUUUUUUUUUUUAAUUUUGACUUAAUUUUUCAUAUUUUUUUUAUCGAUAUAUAUGAUUUUUAAAGAUAUUUCUGUUUGUUUGUUAAAUUUCAUGUAAUAUAUAACUUAUACAUAUUGUAUUGAUAAUAUAUUGAUUGUAUAAAAUAAUUGUAUUACAUAGGUUACCUCCAUAUAGGUUAAGCGUUUCCGUUUAGUGAAUACAGGCCAUACUCAAAUGUGAAUUUGUCUCUUAGUGUUUUAGGUGUACGGAAAUCUAUAAAAGCCCUUCUUUAUAAAGCUAGACUGAUGUUGACACGUUUGUUUUUAGCGUAUCGCUAUUUAAAUUCGAAGCCGAUAUUUUAUAGUUUUAUUUUCUAUACUGUACUAUAUUAGUAGAUUUAAUUAAUAUGGCAACUUCCAUGGGAACUGCACAAAUUUAACGUCGGUGUGACGGUGAGCUUUAACUUUGGCGGUUUAUUUUUCGAUGUUUAGUUAUUCGAUAACAUACGGUGCCAAUACUGGUCGAACCGUGCUUGAAUUUACAUUCGCAAAGGGCGUUAAUAUAUCGCUGUAUUUAAAGAAAAUAUAGUAGAAUUGUAUAAGUUAGUGUGAAUUUAUAUUAACCAUUUUAAGGGUGUAAAUAAUUUUAGUCCCCAAUUACUGUUCCGGGGACCAUCUAGUCACUAUCGUACCGUUAUAGAAUAUCGUAUAUUUAGAUUGAAUGCGGUAUCGGUCUUUCCGAUUUUCGGCUUAAAGCCAAUUAAACUUCAGUAUUUAGCCGCUUGUAUAUAAAUUUGAAUGGAUGUGGGUAGUUACAUAAUAACCCCUGUUUUUGAUGUCAGAAUUUUUUUUCGUGGUACUAAAUACCACGAGCAAUUUGUAAAUAAAAUGAUGAUAAUUAGUGAAUUUAGUGAUCGUCGGUCGUUCUCUAACGGUGUUAUUAUAGUGAAACGUAACAGAUACGUUUUAUGCGCUCGUAAUCGAGUCGAAUUCGGUAUAAACCAUAGUUCAGGAUGUUACUUCAAGUAGUCGUAAGAUAGUGUUGUUAGGUAAAGUUCAUAGUACGUGUAUAUGAGCCUUUAGCCCGACCUUCAAAUGAGUUUGAUAUUUUUGAAUGGACAACAUCAAGACAGAUUACGCUUUCGAAGUCAGACUAAAGGCGAAUAGUGUCCACAUAUCGGGACGCCUUUUUCCGCAAAUUUUUUGGAACCUUUAAUAUAUUUUUUUCUCUAAAAAGACAGUUUUUCUGCCAUUUCUAAAAGUAAGAUUCGAAUUUUUUAUAUAAUCCAGUAAGUUGUUAUUGUUCGAUAUUGUAGGUCGGUUUACCUUCGAUAUUACUAUCAGACUACUACAGUAUUGCAAAUGUGUUUUGUUAUUUUCAACUAGACGUUAUAAAUUUAUUAGCUGUAAAUGAAAACUUGAUAAUGUUUAGGAAGUUUUGUCACUAUUAUUUUUUUUAAUUUAACCAAUGUGUUUUUGUGAUUAUGUAAACAUUAUUUUUAAAACGGCUACAGAAAAAUGAUCAUUAAA